GAACUUUAUACUGAUAAUAUAUGUAAUGACUAAACGGUUAGUCUUUCGGUAGCGUUCGUGGGAUGCGCGCGCGCUCGUGACGAAAUAAAAAUAUUAUGUGUUUACAAUGAAGAGUGUAUAUUUGUUUAUUGCCGUUUUUUGCGUUGUUCCCUGCGCAUUUCAAGAUGUGUGGGACGAGUACGAUACCUGGUACGAUGACUUCAACAAUUUAGAGGGUGAUGAAAUAGCAAAACUUGAUAAACCACAAGAACCACAAGACGAAAAUGUACAGGAGGAAAUACAUAACCUAGACGAGAAUAAAGACGUAGUAGCGGCUAACGAUGACUAUAACGACUACAGAGAUUAUGAGAUUGAGGAUAAUAGGGAUGUUGAUAAACUUAGGCCUGAAGAAGAACAAGAUAUAAAACAAGAGCAGGAUCAAAAUGAAUCGUAUUCUGAUGAAUCUGCGAUUGAAGAUUUUGAUACUUUACAGCAAAUAAUCAACAAUGAUGAAUUGAGCGAUGAAGUCAUUGAUAAAAUCUUGUCCGUAGAUGAGAAGAGUCAAAUGGAUUUAAAUGAUUUGUUGCCAGAAGAUGUAAGGAAUGAUAUUGACGAAGAAGAUAACGCUGAAGCUGGUGAAGGAAUUCAGCCAGAUAUUGAAGAAAUCAAUAAGGAAACAAAACAAAUUUUACAAAAAAUCGAAAAUGUAUUUGAUAAUGAUAAUGGCGACGAUACAAAAGAUGUCCAAGAUGAAUCUGACAAAGAAGUUCUCCCUGAAAUUGAAAUUCAGGCAGAUAUGAAAAGCAUUAUUGAUGAAACUCAACAAAUUCUAGAGGAAACUGAUAAAGAGUUCGAUGAAAAUAAGAAUGAAGGUGUUGUCAAUGAAUCUGAUCAAGAAAAUGUUUUAUCAAAAGAAAAUGGAGAUAACAUUGAUGAAGGAUUAGAUGUUGAAGAUGACGUAGAUAAACAACUGUCAGAAAUCGAGGCGAACAUGCAAGGUAUUAUAGACGAAACUCGACAAAUAUUAGAAGAUACUAGUAAUAACUUUGAUGAAAAUAAUGAUAAUAAAGAUGAACAAAAAGAUAUUGCAGAAGAACCAGUUAAAGACCAAUUAGAUGCAUCGCAAGAUAAAUUAAAUGAAGAGGAAGCAAUAGUUAAUGACAACGUGGAUUCUGUGGAUAAAGUUUACGAAGAUCUUAAUGCCGAUCUUGAUAAAUUAUUGGAAACUUGGAAGAAGUUGAGUGUUGAAAAUAAUGACGAAGAAUCGGCGGAAAAUGUUGAAAGUAAUAACGAACAAGCUCUACCAGAAGAACCAAAUGCCGAUGAUGAUAUUGGUCGCGAUCAUGUUGAAAUAGGGGAUGAAGUCAAAGAGAAAAACGAUUUUGAUUAUGAAGGUGAGUCUCGUAUUCUGGCUGUCAGAGACGAUUAUUACGAAUCAAUUUUAGAUAAGGAUCUAUCAGAUUUGUUCAAAGAAUUUGAAGAUGAUUACGGUAACGUCAAAGCUGACCAAAAAGACGACGUAGAAUCUGAAGAGUCUGCACCGAUCUUGUACGUCAAUGAUGCAUUAGAUGCUGAUCAUGAACAGAACAACCAAGAAGAAAAUGUCGAAUUAAAAUCCGCUGAUUUAGAGGACGCUCAAAUUGAAACUGAUCCAUUAUAUGGUAAUCUUGAAAAAAACAACGAACAAAUUAACGUUGAAUUGAAAUCCGCUGAUGUAGAGGACGCUCAAAUUGAAACUGAUCCAUUAGAUGAUAAUCUUGACGAUAACAACGAACAAGCUAAUGUCGAAUUCAAAUCUGCUGAUUUAGAAGACUCUCCUAUUGAAACUGAGCAGAGAGCCAAAAUCGAGAAUUCAGUAGACAAUCCGAAAGUCGAAGAACCAGACAGUGUUGCUGAAGAAAAGUUCACUAAGUAUGUAGCCCAACUGACUAGUAGCGAAUUAGAUGAACUCAGCAGACAAUUUGUGAUGAUACACAAAGAAGAAAUGAAACUGGACGCCGAUGAGACGCCAAUACACAUUACUUUGACUGCGGAUGAACCAGUGGUUAUCACUUCUCCUAAUUACCCGAGCGCUUACCCAACAGAUGCAACAACCAUAGAUUGGAUUUUGGAAGGUCUUGGAACUGGAGUGGAAGUUAAUAUUACCGAUUUGGAGAUUAAUAGCGCUAUGGGGCAUUACUUGAUGCUGAAGCCAGGUCAGUCAGACGCCUCGGGUGACCAAGGCAUCGUAUUCGCGUACCGGAUCAACACUGAACGCCGUUAUCGCUUCAGGGACGUAAACAAACUGUUCAUCAGAUUCAAUCCGGUAGGGGGGAUGUCCUUUUCCAAAGGGUUCCAGCUCAGCGUCAGGAUGAUUGAGCCGCCAGUUUCCGAGGACAGCGACCAAGAAGCCGUCCCUGAACCAGAGUUCCUGAUCCCGGAGCCACGGGAGACAGCCACUCUCCUCCUGGCCGGAGUCAACACCACCAGCUUCGAAGAGAUCCGGGAGGAGUUCAGGCGACUCCUGGCCGAUAUGGCUACUAUGUACAUCAAUGCUAAAGAUAUUGACCCUGGAAUGAACGCCACAAUCGUAGUGACCCAAAUAACCCGCACUUACGUCUGCAACGUCAACUGGCCCGAGUUCGACUCCUGCGUCCAGGUCACCUUCGGGAUCCCCCUCAUCUAUCCUGAUGACGAGAGCAAGUUGACGGAGAGCGAGCUCAUUGAUAUGUGGACCACGUACUUCAUUCGGGAUCCGUUCGCUGGCCGGCUCGCUAGGAUGGGCAUCAGCGUAUACUGGCCGCCCAAAGAGAGCUACAUAUUGACCAUUUGGGUGGUGGUCGGAGUUGGAGUGCUGGUAGCGGCGGCCAUGUUGUCUUUCGCUUUAUGGCGGUAUAGUUGCGUCGAUAACUAUACUAGGAUGGACGAACUGGGAGACACAGACAGCAUUCACGACAAGAAGCGAGGUCUGGACAUGUACCCCACCCCCCACCAGACUCUACCCCCACUAUUCACAGAGAACGAUUACAAGUGGGCUGACAGAACUUUCGAUGAUGACACUAGAGUGGACAUGGGUGGGUUUACGAACAACACAUUCAAACGAGACGAGAUGUCUUCCGAGUCCGAAGACGAUGCACCCCCAAGGGACAGGUACACCACUGACGUGUAACCGAAAGCAAUGGAAUGCAUUCAAGCCUCGGGAUUUCAACGUAGUUUGAAGUAAUAUCAUAUCUUUUUUAAAUGUCUAUAGACGCUAUAACUAGAUUGUGAUUUUUGUUAUACUAAAGAUAUCAUGUAUUAGGUUUUUUGUAACACUUAAAAUAAUUUAUAUUACGUAUAAUUUUUGCCAUCUACAGAGAAAAUAUUACUAUCAAUCUUAUGUAGCGCAAUGAGAUAUAUGUAUAUGUAUAUUUAUGAUAUUAUUAUGUGAAAUAAUCUGGACGUAUAAUCAUAAUAUUGUAAUUAAAUAUUUGAAACGUUUAUAUUAAUUAUUUUAAUUGUUUUAAAAUUUAAUUUAUAAAAUAUUUAUUUUAUAUAAAAAUAACUUCUAAAAUUUAUGAAAAAUAAUAAUAUAUAGUUACUACAUAAUUUAACGUUGUAAUUUUUCUGAUAAAAUUUAAUUUGCUUUAAACUGUUCUGUAGUUUGUUUAUUCUAAAAACAGACUAUAGUUAAGUGAAUAUUAAGAGCUUUAGAAAGGGACAAGCCUUAAUGAUACUAUUAUGAGACAAUUAUAACUGCUCUCUAGCAAACCACGACAAAAUGUAAAAAAGAGACAAAAUUGGCUUACUUCUCUUUCUAAGCCUCCUAGAAACAAAUAAGUUAAAAUGUUUACAACAUAUUUUUAAGAGUAACUUUAAUAAUUCUGUGAAAGCAAUUAAUUUAGAUAUCUCGUUUUUUUUCUUAUAAGUGCGAAAUAAUAAUCAAUUUAAAAUUAAAAUAUAACCACUUCUAAAACUUAAUAACAAGCUUAUUCUACAGCUUGGAAAUAUUGUUUUUAUGUUUUUAAUUAUUAAUCGUCUUUUUAAUGUGAAAAACGAAGCUAUAAAGUGUGCGUAGCAGUUUAAAAUUUUGGCUGUUAAACAUUAACCUAAGUUUAAUUUUAAGAAAAUAGGCUAUGAUAUUAAUUAGUGUUAGUUGGGUAACAUACUUUGAGAAAUAAAUAUACCUAUUACAGUACCUAUUUGUAGAAAAAUAGGCAACAAAAGUAACAAGAACUGUUGUGAUUUUAUAUUUAGUUUAAAUUAUUCAUCAUAUUUUUUCUAAUUAUUGUUUCUUUUACUGAAUAAAUGUUUAUUUUUAUUAUA